AUGCGAAUGAACUUUGGCACGCCACAUGAAGCCGAUCCUCGGAAUUACACGCAGCGGGCGAUUAUGCAACUUUUCGAGGCCGCUGGCUGUGUAAAUGGAGACAUCGACUACCAGAUCAAUGUGUCAAUGAUAGAGAUCUACAAUGAGAAAAUUAGAGAUCUCCUCUCACCAUCUGUGCAGUCGAGUCCACCGUUGUCGAUUCGAAUGGGCGAAGAUGGACGGCUCUCGAUCCCGGGUCUACGGGAAGUAGUGUGA